UGGGAUUUGUCUGUAGAACCCACAAUUUAGGAAAAACUGAAACAUUCCUUUACAAAUUUCUGCACCAGCUCAAACCUAGGUUUUUGUCGAGGUCUCGAUAACCCUAUUUGAAACAUCUUCUUUCUAAAAUCCAGUACCUUUAGUUAUCCCGACAUUAUGGGUAUGUGGAAACAUCGGGUAGACACCACAUCCAAAGUAGAAUUCUUUAGACAAGAGUUUAAAAUCCCAGCCGACGUCCAUCUGAGGUUGGCUGGGGAUGAUGACUCCAUCAUGCCUACUGAUCAUUCCAUGCCUUUCCCUGUAGUUGCCUUCAUUGAGUGUGGACUUCGGUUUCCACUUGACCCUUUUUUUCCGUCAAAUCCUUCACUUCUAUAAGUUGAACCCAAUGCAACUCGCCAUCAAUUCUUACCGAGUUAUUACUGGUACCAUAGCUUUAGUCAAACAAGAGAAUGCCAGGAUUACGCUUGCCGAUUUCCAAUACUGUUAUACCAUGUGUCGCCUUAGAAAAGACACAGACUAUGUCUACUACCUCAAGCCGAGAUCCAUUGAAUAUAAAAUCAUAGCUGACCUCCCAGACUCCAACAAGGGAGCUGGAGACGAUUACUUCAUCGUCUCGGGAAAUUGGGAGUUUCAGCCAAACAAUGACCUCCAUCUUUAUCCCUUAAGCCGAACUGUUUUCGGGGAAUGAGCUGGUAAGGGCCACCCUUCAUAAAUUUCUUUAUCUUCUUGCACAAAGUUUUUUAAUAUUCUGUUCUAAUGUCUGUGAUGUUCUAUUUCUGCAGUUUUUCCUCACCCUCUAAAGAACUUUCGCCAAUCCUUCCUCCCCAACAAGGAUUUGAAGAAGCUACUGAACCUUCUGGUUCACAAACGGAAGGCGUCUUUGCUCCUCAACUUUAUUCCAACUUAUAAGUCAGCUUUGCCCGACGUCCCUAAGAGGAAGAAGAAAAGCCUUUCUCCACCUUCUGCCACAACUCCUCAGACUGCGUCCACAUCUCGGACAGAUCAAGGGUUAACUUCCGAUCCAGCUGAUCAGCCAUCAACCUCGGCUCCAUACUUGAUUCCAAUAUCACAACGUCGUCGUCGACGCCGAACAGUUUCUACUGCAGAGAUGGGUCGCCCAAAACCAAUUGUAAAAGAUCUCUUGGCCAGCAUCCCUUCUGAUGUUGAUGCACAACCAACACAAACCCUGCCUCCACCGAAGCCAAAAAGAAUAAAAAAAGCUCAGCCAAAGGCUAAAGUUACCCAAGUUAAGUCUGAGGAUGCUUUGCCGAUAUCCAAGUUGGCUGAGAGUGAUAAAUCUCAACCCUCUGCUGGGAAGAGGCGCUCUGAGGCCCAACCAUCCGAAUCGCCAAAAUCAAAAAAGCCGAGGUCAUUUUUUGCGACCACCUCGGGGUCUAAGAAGCCUGCUGCCCCCUGGGCUCCCGAAAUUACUUUGGAGGAUAAGCCAGUCAUGGCCAAUGAUAGCGCCAAGGAUAUAAAUGUCGGCGUUGCGCUCAGUACUGCUCUGUUGCUACCAGGCGAUCUGGAGCGAAACGCCGGUUUCAGCAAGUACGAGAACUAUGCCUUGAUGCUUCAGCGUUCGGUUCAAGCCAUUCAGCAUGCUCAUUCCUUUUCAAUUCAGUCUUUUGAAAACCGAGAGAAGUUGGCCGAGAUGAAGAUGGAGUUCUCCUCUCUUCAAAAGACCAAUAAAGGCUUACAGUAAAAAAUGAAGAAGCUGGAAGACCAAGCCGAGGCUGCAAUCAAAGCCCAAACUGACGCCGAAGAGAAGGCAAAAUCUGCCGAGGCCAUCAAGAAGGUCUCUGAGGCCCAAAAAAGAGAGGCCGAGGAAAUGAUGGAACAGGCCCAAAAGGAGCUUCAAGAGGCCUUGGCCACGAAAGAAGCUGAAAUCAAGGAUGCCGACGAGAAGGCAUACGCUCAAGGUAUGGCCGAUGUCACGGAGGCUUAUGAACUUCAAGUGACGCAGACAUGCAACAAGGGUUUCACCCUUGGUUGGAUGUCUCUUCUAAAGAAGCUCAAUGUCCCCGAGGACUCGCCCUUCAGAAAUGCCGACCUCAUUCCUCUUCCAUUCCUUCCAGCCCCAACUCUAACUCUUGCUCAAUCUGGCAGUGAUUCUGAAUCUGAGGAGGAGAUUUUGGUCAAGAAGCCAAAAGAUGCUGCUGGGGUCAAGUCCCCUCCUCAAAAUGAGCAAGUCCUAGACUUGACUCAAUAUGAGGAAGGUGAUGAGACUCCUGAAGACGUUGCUCCUGAGAAGGUAUCAGCCGACGUUACCAUUGCCGAUAAGAGCCUUGACGAAAUUUUACAAGAAAUUGAUGCUGAGCUUGCUGCAGAAAAGGCGGCCGAGGUGGCUUCUCAACAGCCUUCCGAGGUCCAAACCCAACCUGUUGCUGAUGCUGAGGAAUCUUAAUUUCCAUGUCUUUUCUUUUGUCUUUUGUACGUUUGCUUUUCUUUUAUGGGAACAAUUGUAACCUUUUGGCCGACGUGCCUUUUCUGAAUAUUACUACAACUUUCCUUCCCUGA